UAUAAAGAGUAGCAGAGCGAAUUAAUUACACAGUCUGACUGUCGCCGUGUAGCAAUGGAACAAACCGAAGUGACAAAACCAGAAACUCUGGACGAUCUGAUCAAAAUUUUGCAUCAGAUCUUUUCAAGUGACAGCGUGAACGUCGAAGAAGUGCAGACUAUAAUGGAAGCCUAUGAAAGUAAUCCGCAGGAAUGGAUGAAGUUUGCCAGAUUUGACCAGUACAGGUACACCAGGAACCUGGUGGACGAUGGCAAUGGGAAGUUCAACCUCAUGAUCCUCUGUUGGGGUGAAGGCCAUGGCAGCAGUAUCCAUGACCACACCAACUCUCACUGCUUCAUGAAGAUACUACAGGGCCAGCUGAAGGAGACCCUCUUCAUGUGGCCGGACAGCAAGUCCCAUGGCAGCAUGAAGCAGAAGUCUCAGAGGGUCCUGCAGGACAACAAGUGUGCAUACAUCAGCGAUUCGAUUGGUCUGCACCGGGUGGAGAACGUGAGUCACACAGAGCGUGCUUGCAGCCUUCACCUCUACAGCCCCCCUUUCCAGCACUGUCAGACCUUCGACCAGCGGACAGGACACAAGAACCCGGUGAAGUUGACCUUCUGGAGCAAAUAUGGAGAAAAAACUCUGCAUGAAACAACAGCCUCACAAGAAAACAACUGAAAGUCAGCGGUGACACAUAACACAGCUUUGGGAAAUCAGGCAUAAUGAAAGUGAUUUU